AAUUAGAGUAAUUACCGUAAUCUAUAUACAAUUAUGUGAUUAAUAAAUAUAGAAAGGAAAAAGUCUAUUGUGUUUAAUCGUACUUUCCUACGAAUGAAUUUUUUUAAUUCAAUUGAAGUUGAUUUGAUGUCAGAAAAAUAGGUGAAUUAUAAGUGCAUUAUAAUCAAUACGGGUUUCCACACACAAGUAGCAAACACCUGCUGUUUAUCGAUCUAUUCACGUUCCGUGCGUAGUAUGGAUAAACGUGAGUGAAGUUCUUGUAGGCCAUGUAGUUGGUGUGUCGCCUGUCAAAGUGUUAACCAUUUUAAAUGUUUAUUACCAAAUAAAAAUAAUAUUGUAAAUAAAGUUCUACAAUUUCCGAAAAUAUCGAAAGAAAAAUGUAUAUUCUAUCCUUAAAUCUUCAAAAAAAAUUCAAUAUUCUAAGAAUAACAAGAAAUAGAUUAGUGAUAAGAAAAUUAAUCUAAAUUUUAAUUAUACAUAAUUUAACGAGAUGAAGAAUCGGUGAAUAAGUGUAUUUUAUUGUAAACAAUUCGAAUAAAAAAAGAAUCAAAAAAGUUUUACAAUGUCAGAGAAAGAGAAGACAGGUUUAGUACAUAAUUCUGACUGGACGUCUGAUCGAAAUGUAAGUAAAUCAGAAAGUGAAAUGGAAGGUCAGUGGACAGUUGUUAAAAGAAAAAAACCAGAGAAGAAGAGAACCAUACAAGCAUUUGAAACUACUGAUCGUAAAAUGUUGCUAAGUUCAAAAGGAGAUGAUUUAAACGAUUCUCUGACAAAUUCUAUGAGCAACGAAUCUGAUAUGAAAGAAAGAACAAACUCUUCUCCCUUCGUUGCUAAUAGAAAAAAAUUAGCAAGAUCGAACAAUUUAAAAUCCGUCGAUGUCGUUGUGGAUGUUCAUCAACGUUGCGAAGAAACAAUAUCGAUGAAAUCAUUAAAAAAUAAGAUUGAAACUUUUGACUCCAAGUCCAUCGAAGUAUCAGAGUUAGAAGAUUUAUCUUUAGGUAGUAAUCUUCAAGAGGAAUCAAAGAAAAAAAUUAAAGUUGCAACGAAGGAUAAUUUUGUCAUAGAUUCGAUUGAAAAAUUCGAGGACAACGAGGAAGAAAUAACUUCAACGCCUAUUCUAUCAUCUAGAUCUUCGAGAAAUUUAUUCGAAGAUAAACCACGUCGUAGGAAACAAUGGGAGACAGUACGUCCUGUGAUAAACGAAGUUACGAAUUUACAAAAGCCACCAAGGAAACGCUGGUCCAAAGACACAAGCGUUAUUCGUUUACCAGAAACUCUGGAUUCUUCAUCGAUUAAUGAGAAGAUUUCAAAGACUUUAGAAAGAUCAAUGAUACCGGUACCAGCUCCAAGAUCAUCCUCGACGAACAAACAAAAUUCACGUUUUGCUUUUGAGAAUGAAGCAUUUAUAUCGGAGAACGAAGAAGUUUUGAGAAUUGAGAAAGAUCAUGUUAGAGAUGACACGAGAAUUGAGAUGAAAAGAAUGAGUGAUCGAACAGAUACACCUUCCUCUUCUCGAGAUUCGAGAACUAAUUUUUUUAAGAGAACUUCAUCGAGAAAACAGGAAACAACGUCGACUCUAGAAAAUACGGAAGAUUCCGAUGCUAAUUUAUCUUCGUCCUCUUCGAAGAAAAUGUCACAUUUGUCUAGAAGACGAAGAAAAAAUUCUCUUCGCUCGAAUUUGUCGAAUAGUUUCGAAGAAAUAUCAAAUGAUCGAUACACAGUAUCCGAAGAUGAAUUAAUUAAUGAUGAUCGCGAGGUAUUAAAAAGACAGAAAAAAAUUACGAAAUAUUCGAGCCGAGAAAGUUUUUCAAUGAACGAGAAAGAAGAAGAAGAAGAAUUAUCAUCGAGAAUAUGGACUAAUAAAACUUCAUCUGAAAAUAAAAAAAAGAAAGAUUGUCAAUCUAAAGAAGAAAUUCGUCAUUUAGUCAACCAGGAGGAUUCGAAAAAGAAAAAGAAAAAAAAGAAAAAACGUGAAUCGAUAAAGUACAUCUUAAUUAUGAUUCACAAAGCUGAUAUGCUUGAGACCGAUUAUGUGACUAAACAUCCUAUGGUUAAAGUACAUAUUGUUGACGCAGAGACUGGUAAUUAUUUAAAAAAUAAAAAUGACAGUGAAAGUUCAUAUCUGCAGCCAAUGAUUACUGGAAAAUUUGAUUUCAAGGAGAAUAGAUCAAUGAUACCUAUUUGGGAAGAAGAACUUAUUUUUGAACAUGAUUUUAAAACGAUCAUGAAGAUUGGAAAUGAACAAGUUAUUCUUUUUUUCGAAAUUGUUGAUCUUUUGAGCUUUGCUGAAGCUAGCUUCAACUACGAUAGGUUUGGUAACGAAGGAUGUUGGUAUAAAAUAGCUUGGGCAUUUUUGAAAACCGUUGGAACGAAUAACGCGAUGCACGUUGAUAAAAAAAUUAGAUUGCAGUUAUACAGACCUCAGAAGAGUACAAGGAACUUUGGUUCAAGAAAAUGUGAAGUUUACAAUUGGUGGAAAUCGAACAAAAGAGACAAAUAUCCAAGCAGUCUUUACGUCACUGUUACAUCUAUGAAUCCACCGAAAUUAGAACCAGUACUCUAUCAGCAGCUCUCUUUUGACGAUAUUUUAGAUAUUGGAAAUGAAUCUCAUAAAUUAUCAGUGCAGUCAUCAGAUUUAAUUAAUUUACCAAGAUGGACAAGAUUAGCUGCUCAAUCUUGUAAAAUACCAAAUGAGAAAUAUUUUGAAACUGAGAUUAGUGAAAAUGGGUGUUUCUUUCUUGCUUUUAAUAACGAUGGCAAAUAUCUAGCUUGCGUUUUUUCUGAAGAAUAUGAUUAUCCUAUAAUAGUAUAUGAGAUCGAGUCUAAUAAAGUUCACGUUCGAUUUUCUGGACACAAGACAUUCGUAUAUUCAUUGAACUGGUCACCCGAUGAUCAUUAUCUACUUUCUGUUUCAUCGGAUCAAACUGCUCGUAUAUGGGACGUUCGUAAUAAAAUUGUACAACAUAUUCGAAUGUUGCCUCAUCCUUCCUACGUUUACUGUGGUAAAUUCAAUCGCAGAAACAUGUCGAUAGUAGUUACAGGAUGUUACGAUCGUAUUGCAAGAAUAUGGACGAGAGAUUUAAAAUCGAAGAAUUACGAGCUGAGUCAAGAAUUAGAGACACACGAGGGAUUUGUUAAUUCUUUAUGCUUUCAAAAAAAUGGUAAUCUUCUUACAGCUGACAGCGUUGGUACGAUAAUAUUAUGGUCAGUGAAAAAAAAUCGUAGAAUGUCUUCUAAAAAAGAAUGGUAUUUAUCAAAGAAGAUAAAUAUUCGCGAAAUAGAGAACAUCACGAUAAAUGCAAUCAUUUUACAUCCCCUCGAAUCAAGAUUGCUCGUUCAUUCGAGAGACAAUGGUCUACGAAUGAUAGAUCUUGCUGCUGGUGUAGUAUUACAAAAGUAUGAUGGUUUGAAAAAUCAAAGAAUACAAUCUACAGCUUGUAUCUCGCCUUGCGGUAGUUUGAUCUUUUGUGGCGGAGAAGAUUCGACUUUGAAUGUGUGGAAUUUAGAAACUGGUAGAUAUUUAGCAAGAUAUACGAUCGAACGAACCUUCAGAGCAGUAACUUGCGUUGAUUACCAUCCAUACGAUCAUGUAUUAGCAUUCUCAAGUUUUGGUAGUCCUUCUCAAGUUAGAAUUUUAAAGUUCGAAAAAAAUUCGACAGGGAAGAACAUAGGUUUAUCGAUGAUGAUGGAAGCUGAAAGAGAAAAUGGUGAUUAUAGGGUUGAUUUCGGUUUGAAUCUUCCGAAUGUUUCUAUUAAAGAAAGAUCAAGAUCAAUGUCGAGUGGUAGACGACAGGAAUUAUUAAAUGAAGGAGAAUUAAAUAGUUUCCGAUCUGCUCGAAGUCGUAAUUCGACUAUUGUGAAUAUUUUUCAAGAUGAAGAAAAUGGAAAGUAUGAGAGUGCGAAAUUAAAAUUGCGACGACUGAAGGAAACCGAAGAGCAAUUGAAAAGUCGUAGCACCAGUCGUUUGUAUAAUAUCAUCGAGAAGAUCGAUAGGAUACUUUCGAAUACGUCUAGAUCAUCGAAUGAUCUUGAAUCUGGCCAGAAUUUUCUUUUUAAAGAUCAAGACAAAGAUAAGAAUAAAUUCUCGAUGAGUUUUAAUCAGGAUGAUAAGAAGAAAGAGAAAAUCAAGUUGAGAAAAUUAUCUUCAUUGAAGAAUUCGAACGUAGAUCAUUCCAGUUCGUAUAUUGAAUCAAGUUCUAUGAGUUAUGAUGGAAAAGAAACGAUCGAAAUGAAAACGUUCCACGUUUUGAAAGAAAAUGAAUCAGAUUUUAAUGAGAGGAGAUCGAAGAGUGCAAAGGAUUCGACAAGGAGUAAAAUCGUUCGAGAAAAUACACCGAAGACUUUUUCUGACGGCGCAGUGAAUUCUAGAAGGAAUCGAGUUUUUCGUAAAGAAAUGUCUGAUGAUCACUUUAGUCCUUCGGAUUUUGUGAUUUCGCAAGAAGUUCACGAAUUAAAGAUCACUUCUUCUAGUUCACCAGAAAGUGCGGGUACUUAUGUUGUAGAGAAAGCAGAGUUAGAACAAAAUAAAGAUUCCAAUUCUGUGAAAACUUCAGCUAAUGACAGAUCUAUAAAUAACGGCGACAAGAAUUUUGUAAAAAUGUUAGAAAGUGAUAGUUCACUGCCAAGUAAUGCUACAUUCACUUUAGAAAACGAGAUUCUUAUUUCUAAAUCAAGAAGAAAAAAGUUUGUAUCUUAAAAAGGAAUUUUCGAAUAUAUAUAUUUAAUUAUAUAGUUUGCAAAGAUAUAUUGGUUGGUGACAAUGAAAAUAACUUAAGAUAUAUAUUUUUUUGAAUGGUUCCACGUUACUAUAAUAUAGAUCAAUGUCACAUAAAAUAAGUGAUAAAUUCAAUUUUUACAGAUUUUCCACUCAGGGUAUUUUCUUAAUUAUUGGCACAUAUUUUAUCAACAGCUUUUGUUACAGUUUGCUAUUUCUCAUGAUCUUUAAAUAUUUAGUGUAAAUUUGCAGUAUCUUCUUUUUACGAAAAAUGCGAUUGUUUCAAACGAUAGCAAAAUUUUUUAUUAACCUAACCAUUUUACCGGUUUUAUAUAUUUUAUAUUUGUAUAUGAUAUUCCUUACAAAUUUCAUAAAUAUUUCAAUGGGACUAUAUAUAUUAUUAAUAUCUUUAAUUAGUGGAAUUAAUUUGAUGGAUAUUGAAGAGAUCAAUGAAUCAGUACAGGUAUACCAGUUAUACAUUUUUAUACAUACGUAUUUAAUAUAUAUAUACACACACACACAUAUAAGAUAUAAAAGAUAACAAAUGUGUGUGAUUAAAAUGAAAAAGUUUCUAAGAAAAAUCCAAAAUGUGUAAUGUACUAAGAGGUUUGGCAAUCGUAAGCAUUACUUUAAUAUUCUUUCCAUUUUUAUUUAUAUUUAACCUUUAUCUCAUGUUUAUUACUGUGAUCUUUAAUAUUCUGCAAUUUAUUUAUAUAUUUCUAAUGAUCUUACUCGGUGCUUUACCAGAUAGUGCAUUAACGGAUUAAAAGGUGAAAAGAAAGAAAUGGAAUGUUACACACACACACAUACACACACACAAACUCUUCUGAUAAUAUAAUAAUUAAUUUCAUAAUUAAUUAUUUUUCAGAAUUCUGAUGAGGUUACAUCAAAUGACUUAAAUUAAUGUCAUUUAAUUAUCUACACAAUCGACAUUCACAUUGUUUAACAGGAAUGAAACAUUUAAAUUCAAUUGGUUAAAAUUUAUCGAAAAAAAAUGAUAAAUUUACGAUAAGAGCAAUGUGACAAAUGAAUUAUUUAUAAUAUUAAAUAUUUUGUGAAUAUUAUUUAUAAUAAUAGAUAAUUUGAAAUUUAA